AUGGACAUUUCCAGCACCACACAUCUACCGGCGGAUCUGCAGUAUAUCCAAUACGAACACGGUCUAGAAGCCACAUAUCUACCCGCCAUCCGCUCGCUGAUCGCGAAGGACUUGAGCGAGCCAUACAGCAUCUAUGUUUAUCGGUAUUUUCUCUACCAAUGGGGCCACCUGUGCUUCAUGGCCUUGGACCCCGUCGACGCAUCUCUCAUCGGCGUGAUCGUGUGUAAGCUUGAGGUUCACUCAUCUCACUCGCCGCCGACGCGCCGCGGCUAUAUCGCCAUGUUGGCUGUCGCCUCCCCGUAUCGCGGCAAGGGUAUCGCUACGGCUCUCGUAAAGAGAGCCAUCGAUGCCAUGGCUCAGAGGAGUGCCGAUGAAGUCGUUUUGGAAACCGAAGAGACCAACACUCAGGCCAUGCGCCUGUAUGAGCGGCUAGGCUUUCUGCGCUCCAAGAAAUUGCACAGGUAUUACCUUAAUGGAAACAGCGCCUACAGGUUGGUCCUGCUGCUCAAAUCCAUCGACCCGGACGCUGUCCUCGAAGACUCAGAUGGCCAGUCUCCGUGA